AUGCUCCGAUCUGUACUACUGCUCUUAAUUGCAGCCCUUGUGCUGAGUGCGGCAAUUGCUGUGCCCACAAGUCGGCUGGAAACGGAGGAGUUGGAAGCCGAUGAGCACUCGCAACUGCUCUCCAACGAGGAUCUGGGGAGCAGCAAUGAAAAAAGUGCUCACAUGACAGCUGCCAAAGUCGGUAGCAGUUCUUCGGAGGAGUUUAAGGACAGUGCCGAUGCCGAGGACGAUGUUACAGAAAAUAUUGACAGCUCCGUUGAAUCUUCUUCAGGGGAGGAGCAGAAACCUGAGAAUGCAGCCGAGGUAGAUGGAUCUGGGGCCAUCGCUGUCAGAAGGCGUAGAUCAGAUGAAAGGUAUAGGAACCUUAACCUACUUGCCACCAUUUGUCCACAGGCUGAUACAAGCAGUUUGGAAGAGGGCAGUAGCUUAGAUCAACGUAUUGAAAUUAAAGAUAUGUAUGCGAUUUGUGCAUCCUUACCAAAGACCGGCUGACGAGUAUUAUGAACAUAAAUAAAGUCAAAUAAAAUUCCAAACAC